CCCAAUUUCAAAAUAGCUUCCUCUGUUACUCACACUGAUAGUCGUUUCAGAUCUCUAGGGUUUUCAAUGCAAUUAUUUACAUGAUACAAGAAAAAUGAGCGACAAAGACAAUGGAAGCUUGAAGAACGCUAUUGAGAUUUUUUCAUCGUCGGACAAGGUAGGCACUGUGACAGAUAUAGACGUGGAUGAAUGUUCUCCGAGGUCGGAACCAGAGGAGACUCCACUGAGACCCAUAUUUUGUCUUAAGAAGAAAGUGCAAAUGAAGGAGUUUGAAGAGAUUGAAGAUUGCUUCAUUCUAGAGUUUGAUCCUGAUGAUGAUGAUGAUGAUUCAAUCAAUCUUUCCAAGCUUUCCAUGUCUAAGAAUCUUGGCAAUAAAGCCAGUCCUGAACUCUCUGUAAUCGCCGAAAAAGGCCAGGUGGCAUGUAGAGACUAUCCACAUUCAAGACAUGUCUGCCUGAACUAUCCCAUUGAGAAGACACCUCAUGAGAGGCAUUGUGAGCUGUGCUAUUGUUUCGUUUGUGAUACGACUGCUCCUUGCAAGAAUUGGACUGGACAAUCAGGGCACUGCCAUGCCAAAGCCACUGAAGCAUGGAAGUUUCAAAGGAAUUUGAUGAGACAAAAACAAAAGAUUUCCAAUUGAGGAGCCGCUUUACAACUCUGCUGCCAAGGUUUCUUCUUAGAGUAGAGACAAAUCACUUCUGGGUUUUCUAUUUUAUCUGCUGGUGACUUGAUGAUCAACAAGCGGAAAUUGCUUGGACUGCAGAGGGAUGUAAGGAAGAAUUCCUAAAAUUUGAUGGAUUGAAAUUUGUGCAUACUCUGCUAUUUUAUGCAAAAAAUUUGCUGCAAGUUGAAUGGAAAAUAGGGGUAACUAAUUAUAACUUGAAUGGCUUAACUGAUUAUAACAUUAAAUUUGGCAUUUAGCCUCUAUUUUGUGCCUAUGUACUAAUUCCUUGGGGCAAACAUUAUUUUGUGACAAACCGG